CAUCGCUAUGAUUCGCACUGUGGGCUGAGACGCCCGCCGUCUCGAUCCGAUGACUUGAACGGUGGAUCAUGCAAAGGUGCUCCGGUAGAACUUCAGCUCUUCAAUGCUCUCGCGAAUGUCCUCCUGCACGCACAGCACAAAACAGCCACACAGACAGACAGACAGACGCGUAAAGAAAGGCCUGUGGCACAUCUGGUGGUGGGUGCGUAGCAUAUGUACCAGUGCUCUGUGUCGGCCUUUCUUCAGAGGUGGAGUCAGGGCUGCUUAUUGACGGACAAACCAGCGAGCGACACAGAGACCGGCCAUGGCAUGGCAGCGCAGCGCACACGAACAUCAAAGGCCUCUGUGUGUACCUGCCUGCCUGCCUACCUGGGUACCACCUCCUGCAGAGCUCCUUCACCGUGCUCACGUCGACAAUCCUGCAGCAAAGCAAGACGCAAACAAAUCAACAGACGAACCGAACGAGCCAUGACAUACCCCUGCCUUGCAAGGUAAGCAUCCGCCCGGCCGGCUCGCUUGGUGCAUCUGUCCGUCUGUCUGUCUGUCUGUCGGUUGGUAGGUCCCUCACCCCCCCAGGUGACCUGUAGUGUAGGUAUCGUUCCAGCUUGGGCAUGUCCUUCACCAGAAACCUCCUGUCCACAUGCACACUGUUGCCCGCCUGCACACACACCCACACACACACCAACAGCAGCAAGCCACAGAGAGACCAGGUAGACCAUUCAGCAGCCAGCCGCCGAUGCCCUCCCUCCCCGGCUGCCCACCGCACCAGCGGCGCCUCUCUCUCCUGGGCGUACUGUCGGAUGAAGGCAAGAAUCUGCUCCUCGGCGUCUGAAAGGCUCAUCGUCGACUUGCGCACUUUAUCAGUCAGACCUGCCAUGAGUGCCAUCCAUUCCAGCAACAGCAGCAGCAUGGUGGUUGGUGCACCACUCGUCCAUGGAGUCCAGGAGCGAGUCAGGGGCAUGAAUCACGAGAUCUGGACCCUGAAUGACAUCGAACGAACAAACAAACGAACACACACACAACAACGCACACAUUACAUAAGCCUCCUCCGGUCAGCCAUGCCAUCCAUGUACAGUGCGCACCUCGAUGACUCGUUCGAGCUGCCCAUCCGUCACCAAAACAGCCGCCUCAAUUACCAUGUCCUUCGCCGUAUCGAGGCCCGUCAUCUCCAGAUCUAUCCACACCAAGGGCGACUCCAGCCGCUCCGGAGAAGCCUGGCCCGUGUUCAUCUGCAGGCCUUGAGAGGGUAUCGCUGUGCUGCUACUGCUGCUGCUGCAGAGCAGCGUCCUGAGUUUGCUGAUCAGCUUGCCGGUGCGGCAGGCAACGGGAAUGAGUCGCGGGAAGGCCAGCACAACGGAGUGGCACAGGAUACAGAGGAAGACGCUCAGCACAUCUGUCGAC